GUGACAGUUCCGUGUAUGUUUUGUGGUUCCGUGAUCUUCCUAACCAAUAUUUUUUUGUAAAUAAAACAACACGUGUAUAAUAAGUUUUGUGUUGAGCAUAAAAUAAAAUGGGUAAAAUAAAAACGGAACCAGUAGAAUCCAUGGGAGGCGACAUAAGUAUAAAAGAAGAGCCGUCUGAAUUGACAUAUGAGGAAAAACUUGUGAACUGUAACGUUAUUGCAAAACCAAUGGCUUCAAAGAAAUUGGCCAAGAAAUUGUACAAACUAGUAAAAAAAGCUGUAAAACAGAAAACAUAUAUCCGAUGUGGAUUAAAAGACGUCCAAACCAGGAUACGUAAAGGAGAAACCGGUAUUGUUAUAUUCGCUGGUGAUGUCUCACCUGUGGACAUCAUGUGCCAUCUUCCUGCAGUUUGUGAAGAGAAGAAUAUUCCUUAUGUUUACAUUCCUAGUAGAAAGGACUUGGGUGGUGCAAUGGGGGUAAAGAGAGGGUGUUUGACUGUCUUAAUACGACCACAUGAAGAGUAUAAGGAUCCUUAUAAUGAACUUAAGGAAGAGUUGGAACAACUGGGUAUUGCUUUGUAAUAAUCUUAGUUUUUAUAGGAUAGUUUAAUAAGGAAAAUGUGUUUUCAUUGUUUUUUGAUAAUUAAUAAUAAAUUACAUAAACAAUAA